AUCGAAAUUUACUAAGAGCGAAGAGGGAGGAGACAAGAGGUGGUAGACAGACCGACACACACUACCUAUCAUAACUCAUAACUGGCUCCCGUCUUGCCCAAAGCCGUAAUCGCUGUCGUUAUGAUUGGCACGUCGAUACCGGAGUACAUCUUCAUCCGUGUAUGCAUAUUCAUGCUGCAGUAUACAACGCCGCUCUGCAUAGCAUGUCUAGCACUCUUGGCAGCGGCCCAUAGCUGGUCCCUCUCAGCGGUGCUAUCCCGCCCUCCAGGCAUAGUGACACUCCUCUACUGCAUAGUUGACGUGCUGUACGCUAUUCUGAUCUACAUCCCGCACAAUCAGCGGUUAAAGGACGAAGCAAAGCAUCCACCUCAGCUUUCAUGUGAAGAACGUCGUGCUCUGUUUCAGCGCUGCUUCACAAACAUACCUGACGCCCGGCGCUAUGUCCAGAUGUGGUUCCUUGGCGCAGACGAGUCUGAGAUACGGAGAGACAACGUACACGACUUUAUUCUUUGGGCGUUUCUUGAUAAGGGCCCAGGUCAGGAGUCCGACGAAGAAGCCAAAGAAAUAGACGAGUACAUAGAAAUUGUAGAAGGACGCCUGGGACGCAGGUUAGAACCGGGAAGAGGGAAGGCUGAGGGUCUCCGAUUGACUCUGGACGAAGUGGAAACCCGAUAUAGAAGUGUUGUGUGGUAUUUUCUCGUGGCACUGGUCGACUUUAUGUCGCAUUGCCGAUUAGCGCGUAACGGGUUCCAUUAUCACGCCCACUCGCCGUCUAAGACCCGCUCCCUCAUCCCUCCGCGCUUACAAGACUCCUUCGCCCAAAGGUAUUCCGAGGCAGAGGGAUUCACUUACUGGCACCGUCCGCAUACCGCUCCCGAUAAACUUCCAGUCGUAUUCUUGCAUGGUAUCGGUAUCGGCCUUUACCCGUACGUGCCAUUCUUCGCUCGACUGAACUCGCAAUCAAAAGAACAGGAUGGAGAGGGACAGAUAGGUAUUAUCGCUAUCGAGGUUCUCCCAGUGUCCUUCCGGCUCACGGGGGAGCCAUUGGGCAAGGUCGAAUUCCUGAAGCAGGUUGCUACGAUUCUGGAUGCGCACGGGUGGGACAGGUUCGUGUUAGCAUCCCAUUCGUAUGGAACCGUCUUGGCAACCCACAUGCUGCGCUCGGAAAACCUAAGCGACCGGAUUGCUUCAGCAGUACUCAUCGACCCCGUGACUAUCUUGUUGCAUCUACCAGAUGUAGCAUACAACUUUACUAGACGCAGGCCUAAAGGGGCCAACGAAUGGCUGCUAUGGUACUUUGCGAGUAUGGAUCCUGGGGUGGCGCACUGCCUUGGACGGCAUUUCUUUUGGAAAGAUAAUAUUAUUUGGAAGGAAGAGCUAUUGGGAGUGGCGAGACGACCACCUACAGAAGUAGGUGGUGUGGGUGAUCAGGGGGGCCGGGCUACUGCAAGACCGCGGCGAAAGGUAGCGGUGUGUCUUGCAGAGCGAGAUUUGAUUGUCAACACUUCAGUGGUGGCCCAAUAUUUGAGCGCUGAUGGUGAUGGAUGGGUCACCCCCAACCCUGCAGAUAAAGGAGAUGCUAGGCUUGAGGAGCGGUUUAUAGAACGAGAUGGAUUGGGGGAUAGCCUUCUCACACACGACGGGAUCGAGCUGCUCUGGUUUCCGGGAUUAGACCAUGCUCAAGUGUUUGAAUCGGAGCAGACUCAGGAUCGACUUUGCAGAGUAAUACGUCGUCAUUGUAAAGAAUAGAUGUCCACCCUGGAAAUUGCCACUAAUUAUCUAGUUAAUAAGUAAUAGGGUUAAAGAUUCAAGCGCUACCAGACUCCUGGUAUUUCAGACCUACACGUACAAACUUGUUGAAUUGGCUGUAUGUGAAUGCUAUUGAUAGUAGCUUCAAUCGAUUGAAUCAGCCUUUGCCUCGCCGCCUCCCCAACCUGUCAAGUAGACCACCACGGGUUCCGGGCCACUCCGGAUAAGGAUCCACACAACAUUCUCAUCAGUCUCGUUGAUUUCUUGGUGUUCAGUCCAGGGAGGGAUGAAAGCAAAAUCGCCUGGCGAGAGCUCAUGUCUCUUGGGUUCUUCGUCGGCACCAGAGCUAGUCACCAAUCUAUCAUUUGUCAGUUUUUCCUGCAGACCCUAGAAAU